GCGCACUGGCCGACAGUCGGCAGAGGCACACAAACUCUUUCUGUUUUGUUGUUACACAUACAUACUACACUCAAUAUAUAUAAAUAUAUCUUACGCUCCAAGUACAAAAAAAAGAAGAUGUCACGGGCCCCCGCCGAUCAGCGACGGCCACCCGCGUUGUUGGGUGUCGCGUUCGCGUACUGCGUGCUGCUGUCCGCCUUCACACCGGCCGUCAGCGCCUUUUACAUUCCCGGCACGAAGGAAACAUCCUACAAGGUGAACGCCACCGUCCCUUUCAGCGUCAACACCCUGCGCUCCUCCUCAGUGGCGUUCCCGAUCGACUACAAGAAAAUGCCCUUUUGUCAGCCAAAGGACCUGCAGCCAAAGUCGGAGUCAAUUGGGGAGAUCAUUUGGGGUGAUCGCCAGUACAACUCACUCUAUUCCGUCAACAUGCUGCAGAACGUGUCGUGCAUGGCGCUGCCCGACUGCGACGUCAAUGCGAACAACGAGAUGCUUCGCAGGAGCAAAAUGAUGGAGCGGAUGAUUAACAACUUCUACCGGGUGUACAUGAACAUCGACAACCUUCCCGCCUUCACCAACACAUCCGUCGACUCCACCUCUCUCAUGGUGCAGUGCAAAGACAAGCUGAAGAAGGACUGGUCGUUCGUGCGGCAGCGCGGCUUUCCCCUGGGCAUUUCCAAGAAGUGCAACGGCGGGGAUGCGCUCUUGAACAACCACCUCGACUUCAUCAUUCACUACAACUAUGACAGUCAGUCAAGUGAGAAAAGCGACUCACCUGGAUUCAUCGUGGUUGGAUUGGAGGUGGAAGCCUCGAGCAUCGCGUGGCAAGCUGAGGGUAAUUGCACGGGGGACGCGUCCCUGUCCAUCAGGCAAAAGAUGGAGUAUUACGGCCCGUUGCAAAUGGCGAAGGUGAGGAGCGGAGUUCAGCGGGUCUACUGGACCUACAGCUACACCUGGCAGAAGAGUAACUUGCAGUGGGGCACGCGCUGGGAUUGGUACCUGACGAGCGCCGCCGUGAAUGAGCCGGCCAAUCACAUCCUCUCCAUCAUCCUCGCCAUCGUGGUGGUGCUCUUCAUUGGCAGCUCCGUCUUCUGUCUUCUCCUGCGUGCCCUGCACAAGGACUUCAACCGCUACAAUUCCGAGGACCCCGAGGAUCUGCAGGAGGAGACAGGGUGGAAACUGAUCCACGCGGAUGUCUUCCGUCCACCUUUCUACGCCAACUGGCUCGCCAUCUUCGUCGCCAACGGCUGCCAGGUCAUUAGCACCGUCACGAUUGUGUUGAUGGCUGCCAUGCUCGGCCUUCUCUCCCCGUCGCGCCGCGGUGCCCUGGUAUCGGCGAUGCUCUUCACCGCCGUCUUUACCUCAAUCAUCGGCGGCUACGUAUGCGGCGUGCUGCUGCAAUACCUCAACUGCCGUGCCUGGAAGCACAUCUUUCUGUGCAGCCUCACGUUGCCCGGUGGGCUGCUGCUGACGUACCUUUUCACCUCCACCAUCAACGCCGUGCACGGCGCCACGACGGCGGUGCCGUUGGCGACACUGCUACAGAUUGUCGUGUUGAUGGUGGCUGUCAGUCUACCCCUCACCGUGCUCGGCGGCUCCAUCGCCUUUCGCCAGCAGCCCAUCACCAACCCGACCCACGUGGGCCGCCUCGCACGCGAGAUUCCGCAGCAGAAUUUUCUGAACCGGCCUCUCUUCAUGUACUCUUUCUUCCCCUGCGUGCCGCUUAUCGUUGUCAUGGUUGAGGUGUACUACAUUAUGCAAGAUCUGUGGGCGGGGCAGAUCUACUACUCCUUUGGCUUUCUCGCCAUGACGGCGCUGAUCUGGGCCAUGGUGUGUGCCCUUGUCACUAUCUCGUGCCUCUACUACGUGCUGUGCUUCGAAAAUCAUCGCUGGUGGUGGGUGGCGUACAUCGUACCCGGCGGCGCUGGACUGCACAUGUUUUUUCUCUGCAUGUUCUUCUUCGCUUGGCAGCUGAACGUGGUGUCUUUCGCCUCCACCGUGCUGUUCUUUGUGUACAUGGGGGCGCUGUCGUACAUGUACGGUCUCGCCGCCGGUGCGAUAGGCGUGGCCACUUCCAUCAUCUUCGUUCGCCAGAUCUACGCUAGCAUCAAGAUCGACUAA